UAAAUGUAACGCUACAUUAAAUUAAAAGAUUCUAAAGAAAAAAUUGAAUUCUCCAGGAAGUAGAUUCGCAAACAUGGUUUGUUGAGUAUCCUUGAAGCGAGUAUGAGAAUUUAAUGCAUUUCGCAACGUCGUUUGGACCGUGUACUCUAUUUCUUGCAAGCAAUAUGCUCCAUUUAAUUUUCCGUAAUAUUAAAAUGUGAGCCCGCGAGAAAUCGUACUACCGGAGAAUCGAUAAUAAUGGUCAAGUAAGGUCUUCUACGGUAUUAAAAUCUGGCUUUUCGAUUCCGAGGUACAAACGUGUUUAAAAUGGGGCACGAUAUCUUGCAAUUUAAAAUAAAAUUUAGCCGUUAAAUCACUCGUCGAGUCAGCAAAAAGCCAGACCUCGUAGGAAAAAGCCGUGAAUGUAAUCGACAAAUAUAGCAUCUGGCAACAGUUGCGGUAAGCUGAGCAUGUCUUCCUCAUUCGUUGAGUGUAAUUUUUGAAACGGUCGCUUCAAACGAUGUACCUCUAAUAAGAUAACUGUCUGCUGAAACUUUCGAUUAAUUUAAUUCGCCGGUCAGUUCAUUAGAAAAUGUUCCUCUGUAGCGCGUACCCUCUUUGCUGGAAGUUUCAGGAACGCCAAUCUCGUCUACACCAACUUUUACAAGAACAGACGUUCUUCCGUUCCCUUCAAGUAUUCGCGAAACCUUGGAUCGCGUCGCGUCUUGUCGGUUCAACGAGUUAUUCAACAAGGUCGUUUGUAAUCUUAUCAGGCCGAGUCUGCAGCAAAAGUGCAGCUGUUCUGUUGAAUUUCAUACCUCUUCUUCGAAGCAACGGGUAGCUGUUCGAUACACGAAACACCCAAAGUCGUCCCUGAUAGAAUCGACCUUGCGUUCUCCUGAUUCGCUUCUUCCUUUUACUACCUCGUACAGAUUCCGCAGUGUUAUAAAAAAUUCACUUGUCCUAGCUCGACUUUCCACCCUUUGAACCAGACACGCGUCACUCGAGAUUUGACUUUACUUUCAUCGAGGAAGACUCGCUAAUAUCCUGUUGCUUUUCUAAACUCAGCGGUUUUGUAUUAUUCUGGCGGAUUCGCAGUUUUCAUAAUCAUCCUUUGCAACUAUUUAUAUGGAACUGUUAUUGGAGGAUAGCGGUAACGAUCCUGCAAUAUUUCCGACAUAUAUACCAAUAAAAAUUGUACGCGUACAUUGUGCGUACAUCGUACGUAGCAACGGAGCCAAAAAUCCAGCACAUUUGUCUCGCGAGCGUUCCCCGUAAUAUCCGCGAUAUGGCAGCUUUGUAGGAAGUAAGAAAACAUUGAAAUCAACCGCGUAUAGCGCCGCGUACGCGAAUCGAUACGUGUAUAUUCGUUUCAACAGCUAUUCUACAGACCCUUUCACAGAUGACAAUAACGAUAACGACGAAGGGGGUUAAAUCGCAUGCGGAAUCGUCUAAUAUAAACCGUUGCUCGGCGCCCGGGUUCGGCCUCCACGUGGCUGUUUCGAGGGAAACGCGCGACGCGAGAGUGCAACAAACUGCACGGAUUGCAGUCGGAGUGACGUUUUCCACGUCCCUGGAAGCCGGAGCUGAUUCCUCCCACCGUCGACUCGUUUAAUCGCUCGCUCGCCUCCUGUUCGUCGGACUUGCCUCGGUUCCUUAGCGUCUGCGCGUCUCCUCGGCUCCACGGCUCGUCUCCAUCGCCCACUCACCACCACGCGAAAUCCCCACGAGAUCGCGAAUUUAAAACUCUACAGUAGCCGCAGUGUCGAAUGUGCGAGCAACCAUGCGAGGAACCCGACGAGGCGCGGACGUGAACCGUGUUCCAACAAAAACCCUUUCUCUCGACUCCUUUUCUUCAACCACCGUCCGUGCUCUUUCGCUCAAGUGUGAACUUUACUAGUUUCUCUCUCCACAGUGUGCUUAACCAGAGGAAGAGGAGAAACACAAUGUGCUUCCAGUUAAGCGUACUUUCUUUGUUCCUCUCUGAAAAAAUUAUCACACCGUGAAGUGCCUUAUCAUGAAUACGCGAAACUUUUACAGACCCCGUAACGAAGCGUCUCUUAAUUAACCAUUAAUUGGGGCGGCAAUCGAAAUACGGUACCUCUAUUUCCUGCAUCGUGGGAAUAUGAUCGAGGUAUACUCGUCCCUCGCGCAAUCCUCCAAGAGGAAUAAACACGAGAGUAUCGGGAAAGUUUACAGCAAACUUCACCGAUUGCCAGCAGCAGAGGAAGAGGAUCGACCUGUAACAGUAGUUUCAACGCACGGUUCCACGCACGACCGUUUCUUCUCUACUUCGAAGAGCAAACUUUCUCUGCUUUUUACCUGUCCGUUUUAACGCGUAACUUAAAGGCUCCGGAAGAAAGGCAACUGUACUCGGGCGAAGAUUCUAUUAAUCUUUUUAUUCGUUCGAUAUUCGCGGUCGUUAGAGACCACGGGAUCGAGCGGUUCAUAGCUUGUUACGGACACCUCGGGGACACGAUCGAGCUGUUGGUUCCCCAACAAUCGCGCCGGUGGUUCGGGAAACUUGGCAACAAACUUUUACCUUUUCUUUGCACUCGUCGUCUAUCGCGAGGAUCACGGAGAAAAGUUGGUGCACGAUCGUCUUUGAAGAGGAACGCGAGGCUAACGGCAAACAGCAGAUGAGUAUCUCUUUGACUGAUCGAGUAGUGUUUUUUGCACAGGAGAAAAUAUGUUUGUCGUACAUCAGGGGCAAUGGGGUAGAGCGGUCAGACCGUAAGAGUUACGAAUAGAACGGAACUGAAACCGCGAGAAAGUUUAUGCGCGUAUCCUGAAAAGGAAACAUGGGGGACGAUAGAGAAAAAACGGCCCGUAGUAUAUAGUCUGAUUGGCACGAAGCCGACAAAUAUCGUCUCGAGAGUGUUGAGUACAGCACCGAUGUGGCGUCUAUCAGCUUUUCACCACGAAAAGCAUCGAUCAACGGCCCGUAAAUGUCGAAAACGGUAGCACGGAUGCCAGCUCGAUGCCUCAUUUUUGUUGCUUUAUCAAUCUCUUUCGAAAUCUUUUCUAUCAAUCUUUUUCUACGCUUGCACGUGGUCCCGUUUCGCGUACAUGUGUGCGGUUUCUUGUUACACACGAUCGCAUACACCUGGUUUUCAUUCAACCAUCAUCUUUCCUCCUGUAUCCUCGUGAUUGGAUUACAGUAUCGUCUCUCUAAGUGGCGUAUCCUCCUGUUUUUUCAUUUCUGUAGAAAUAGCAACGACGGUAUCCUAGCUUUUUGGAUAGUUCGGGUUAUGUUUCAGAGUUGGUUUAUCUCCAUACGAUAUGCAUACAUACGUAUAAAUUACGUAAUAUACAUACAUUACGUUUUAUGUUAUACUCAAUUCUCGUGUAGUAAAGAUUUUCCAUUAAAUUCAACCGGGAUUUCUGAGUACAUAUUGAACCAGUUCUUACCCUUAGCGAAUAGAAUAACAGCUUAAAGUUUCGAAGCAAGUUCCUCAUCCGACAAGGAAAAUUCCUCGAAUAUUAUACUGGUAUUUAUCUAAAUGAGAAGAUGUUAUGCACCGAUAGAUCCACUCGCGUGAAUCUUUAAUUAGGCACUAGAGACACUUAAUGGUAAAGUUUCGACAACCCUUAUCAAUUGCUGCAUAAGCAUCCCUUUCGUGCGAAUGAUCGUGGCACGGUUAAUAAACCUUCGCUACAUCCUCGAAGUAGUUAAAAGUACCUCUGCACUCCAUCAGGAAUUUGCACUGUCUCGUUCCUAAUGAAGACCUCAACUUUUCGCGCGAAGAAUUAUUCACAAUGUCGUUUCGUUCGAUGAAAUGCGAAGCAGGAUGGAAAAUUUUACUGUCAGAGACUGCGAACCAGUUGAAAGUUAUCCACGGGACAAUCUAUACAACCUGAUAAUCCAUUCGUAAAUCAUACUCGCCGACGAUUCAUCCGGGAGAUGAUAUUUCAGGUACGCUUGAAUAAGACGCGUUCCUUGGCGUGAAUACUCUCAUUUAUUUCAAUCGUUUUAACGGUUAACGCUUUGAUGCGUUGAAGAUAAGUUUCCAUCUACCUUCGGGCUUUCUCGCAAACUCGUUCGCGAUGUGAUUAUAACGCCAGGACUAUUAUUUGAAUUUCAUAAUGCAACCUUAAUUCGUUUAAUGGGAAGAAACAUUUUCAGCGUCGCGAGAAUCAUUAAUUACGUUCUUAUAAUAACCCUGCCGUUAGCCGACAAAGAGGACAUCCCAGAUAUCCUGCGCUCUUUUUUAUAAUGCGCUUAUCGUUAGCAAUGCAUUACCUUCUUGAAUCGGUGCCAUUUACAGAGGUACAAUACUGUAACUAAUUACCUCCACGUUUUCCUGCUUUUCUAGCCGUUUUCCUUUGCGCACUGGCUUCUCGUCUUUUAUACCAACUGGAAGAAUAUAAUUGUUUCUUUGGUCGUCGCUAUCCUCGAAUCAUUCUCCUCUGCUGUUCACCGACCUGUUCGGUUUUUCUUUUAAGCCAUACAUCGCUGACGAAAGAGGUUGGCUUUUCGGCUUUUUACGUAUCUCUUCUUUUUUUUUUUUUUUUCUUUUGCCACAGUAGACGACAAAAUUCCUGUCCAUGAAACACAAACGACGCGUCAUUCUCCUUUUUCAUUCGCGCAGGAUGCGUCAGUUCAGCUCCGGAUCCUGUCGCCAGGACGUCGCCGCUGUUGGCCUGAGCAAAGUUUCGACGAGACGUCGAUGGAAAGCUGCCCGUUGUCAGCGAUCAGCGAUGUUAGAGGGAACGAUUCGUCGAAGGAGGUGCAGAACGAGGUGGAGGUGACAUCCCUGGAGGAGGCGAAAUCGGUGAUAGCCGCGUUAAGAGCGAGGCAAAGGGCACAGGCGCAUCAGAUGCUCGCUUGGCGGAGGACCCUGAAAUUGCAGGAAGACUUGGUGGCUCGGUUGACGAGAGAGAAGGCCGAGCAACUGCGAACAUUGUCCUCGCAGUUGCUGCUAUUCGAAUCGAGGCUUUGUCGGAAGCAGAAGGAGAUCGAGGCUAGCCUGGCUCAACGAGAAUCCAUUAUUCUCCGACAACAGAGGGUGAUUCGGCAACUGCAAAGCAGAUUGGCGGAAAGAAGCGCCGGGACGCGGGAUUCGCCACCCUGCGACGCUCUCGACAGAUUGGACAGUCUGGGUGAUAGCGACAGCGCCGUGGUCCUCGAGGAGGCUGCCGAUGACCUCGCACCGCCAAGAUUUCGUUCGAACAUCACCGACGUGACGGUGAUUCGUUCGGUGUCGGACGCUGUUGAACCGUCGAGUAAAUACUCGUCGAUGCGGCGGUGCAAUGGAUUCCUCAGGAGACCGGAAAUCCUCGAGACCGUUUACUCGGUCGAAGAGGACGCCGACAGUGAAAACAAUCAGGACCCGUCCGAGUCCACGGAAAACUCUGAAUGCGAGGAACGACGGACAAAGAACUUGGGGAAUGGAAAGGGCAGGCUUCAGGAUCUCUACGGGAGCUUCGAGAGGCUCGCUCAAGAAGCUGAUUCCCCGCCGAGCGAGAGACCGAGGGACGAAAGCCAACAAGCACAGGUAACGUACAACAGGGUAAUGAGCAAUCACAGAUCAGUAACGAAGCCAAAAGACGUGAAAUACAAGAGGAUAAACAAGGCGAAGUCGAAGAGUCUGGAAGAGUUGAGAGGUCGGUUGAGAAACUGGGUUGAGAAAGGUAAUAAAAUCGCUAUAUCGUUGGAUCAGUCGUACGCCUGAACCUGUAUCUUCUGAAAGUAUAGAGAGAAUCGUUUAAAGCCACGAUUGUUCAUCGACGCAACGUCUUUGCGAUCACCAGAGGUAAUUAUGGAACUUAUUCCGAGGCGUGAUCGCCGCCCUGGUAUAAUUCAUUGAAAUUCUCAUCGCUCCAUGUGAUAUUUACUGUAGUGUCUCGAGAAUUAAUUAGAAAAACAUUCCGCACUGUGGAAUAUGUUGCGCGUGAACGAUUUUCAACGUUGUUUGUGAUAUAUGUAUACAGGAUAACGAAGAAAAAGGGUUCAGAACUUACAGGGUACUCGCUAAACCGAGUGAAAAAUGUUUAGCGAGCUCGUUCUUCUCGUUCUUCUCCUCUCUUCUUUUCCUUUCUAUCCUGUAAUCAAAAACAUUUGAUAAGUAUAAAAGAAAAAAUCAACAAAUUUUCUGCAUAUGAUUUCUAUGAAAGAAACCAAAGAAUUGUACCAAAAGAAAGAUUAGCAAUUUGUGCUCAAAGUGUCAACCUAGUUGACUUUCAGAGAUUUCCAGUUAUUUCCUCUAUGAAUAAUAAUUUUUAUUGAUUUUCUAUGUACCCGUCAUCAAGAUUUUUCACUCCAAAUGACGAGUACUAUCUGUGAGUACAAAACCCUUUUCUUUCAAGCACCCUGUGUAAUGAUUUUACAGUAAUAAGACCAGGUUAUUCUAGUGAUAAUUACUGUCACGUUCGAAACGAUAAGUGAUUUUUGCGAGAUUUUCUUCUUUUCUUCUCCGUAUAAAAUCCGCGUAAUCGAGUGUACUUUUCUCUUUGCAUUCGCUCCUCUCUAAAAAUCACGUUUCACGACGUUAGGAUAUGUACUGCGAUAACAUUGUGCCCGUCAAAUCGAUUCCUUUUCCGUCAAUUAAGACCACAAUUGGUUGUUCGACCCAAAGCUUCAAUCAGAAAGACGAUACGUAGGUACGUUCACUGUUUUUUAAAAAGGGCAGACCAGAUAUCUACGCAAUCGUACAGACCUGAGCUCAAGUUUUUACCGCUAUCCGUCGCGUCGUUUUUUCUCCGCGUAUACACUUUGUCUACACUGCGAGAAAUAUUAAGCGAUUAACGUUUCCGAUGCAUCAAAUGCGAGACUUAAUUAACGUUUCACGUGGGAUACAAUUCUUUCCUCUAAUUUCUAUAAGAUUUUCUGUUCAGCUCACCGAAUCGCUCGCCCGACUGAUCGAACCAAUUAACGUUCUUUGUUAAUUAAGAAAAUCAUCACUGAUAAUGUACCUUUCUAAGUAAUCCGUGUUAGGGUCCUCGUCAGAGGAUAUAGUUAAUUCGGCAGUAUUGCGAAUCGAUUGCUUCAAUCAGUCGAGCGAUCAAAUUUUUUUAUUAUAAGAUUGAAAGUUUUCUAAACUCUAAUUAAUUUCGGAUAAUCAGUAUCUAUAAACAUGUGAUGCAUUUACAGACUCGUAUACAGCACGAUUAAAAUUGCUCGUUAAGACACGAAAGUCACACUCUGUAGCAUAAUAUUUUUCGAUCGUUCUUUACGCCAAAAUCGGUAACGCGAACUAGAACGGCAUUUUUUAAUUUAUUAAUCGAUAAAGACAACAAGGCGAUAUAAUUAUUACGCCUUGCUCUUUAUAAAAGUGAGAAAGAACUCAGAGAGAGAAAUCCUUGAGGGUACCUGUCUUAAAUUUAAAGCUACGUAGAGGAGUUUCUGUUCGAAAUAGAUUUUCUAUUUUCUAAACGUGUCUUCGAAAAAGAUAUAAAGGUAACAAUCGACAAUCCCUACUUCCGAAGAGAAAUACAUAUAUAUAUACAUAUACCGUUAGAAAAAAAGUCUACAGAUAAUUGAUUUUUUUUUUCUUUUUGUAAAUAAAAAACGAUAAGAUACGUAUGUAAUAUUUUAUUGCUAAGAUUCCUCGGAAUUCUACAAGGUUAUCAUGUAGAUACUCGCGUCCCGCGAAAAUUUAAUCAAUUUUAACGAUAUAGAAACGAGUUUUAUGUUCCUGUAGGCUGUAUAACAGACAGCCAUCGACAGAUCUCGUGCAUAAUAUACUGCGCGCUUAUAAAUAUAUUAUAUAUAUAUAUAUCUAAUACGUAUAUAAAUAAAACGCAUAUAAAUAUAUAAAUACAUAUAAAAUGUAUAUGAAAUACGAUAUAAAAUGUAUUUGAGUCUACUACCGGAUGACGGAUAGGGAAUGAGAACGCGUUCAAGUAUACACGUGGACAAAUGCUGCAAACGGUACACGAGAAAGAGAUUGCUAUUUUAAUUCCCGUAAACGAUGUAACGUGUAUACCGUCGCUUUUUUAGAAAAUUAGUAGACUGCUACCAAUAUUAAUAAUUAACGCAUUAUUAUUUCAAUUAAUUAUUAUUAAACCUCAAAUAAAUCGAAGUA